AUGCACUCUCAGGUGUGCUCUCAAGUGCACUCUCAGGUGUGCUCUCAAAUGCACUCUCAGGUGUGCUCUCAAAUGCACUCUCAGGUGUGCUCUCAAAUGCACUCUCAGGUGUGCUCUCAAGUGCACUCUCAGGUGUGCUCUCAAAUGCACUCUCAGGUGUGCUCUCAAAUGCACUCUCAGGUGUGCUCUCAAGUGAACUCUCAGUCUCAUCCUUACCACUCUCUCAUCCUCACCACUCUCAUUCCCUCCCCUCCUAAAUACCUCCUCCGCAUGUUCCCUCGCCCUCUCCACCCCUCGCUCUCCCUGUUUUACGUCCCCCACUCCACCCCUCCCUCUUCCUUCCUCUCCUCUCGCCCCUCUCUCUCCACCCCCUCCUCCUCCACUCUCACCGCUCUCAACCCAUCGUCAACCAUCUUCAUCGCAUGUUCGGAUCUGGUAGCAGCACACGUCAUGCCAGUGAGUGUAUCAGUGGGGGCGGAUGAGGUAGGGCCGGGGGCAGUAGCACCCUCUGCCGCUGCUACCGCCACAACCGCCGGUAGAAGCAGCAGGAGCAACCGCAGUGGCAUAAACAACUGA